AGACAACAUGGCAAGCCCGGGUAAAGAUAACUUCAGAAUGAAAAGCUACAAGAAUAACGCACUUAAUCCCCAAGAAAUGCGCAGACGAAGAGAGGAAGAAGGAAUCCAGCUUCGGAAACAGAAAAGGGAAGAACAGCUGUUUAAACGCCGAAACGUUUCUCUCCCAGGAAAUGAAGAAUCUAUGGUAGAAAGUCCAAUUCAGGAUCCUGAUGUCAGCUCUACUGUACCUAUUCCAGAGGAGGAAGUUAUUACAGUAGAUAUGGUGCAGAUGAUUUUCUCGGAUGAUCCUGAUCAGCAACUGACAGCAACUCAGAAGUUCAGAAAAUUGCUAUCUAAAGAGCCUAAUCCACCGAUAGAUGAAGUCAUACAAAAACCAGGAGUAGUACAGAGAUUUGUGAAAUUUCUGGAGAGGAAUGAGAAUUACACUCUGCAAUUUGAAGCGGCGUGGGCUUUGACAAACAUAGCAUCUGGAACUUUUCUACACACCAAAGUUGUAAUUGAAACUGGAGCUGUUCCAAUUUUUAUUAAGUUGCUUAGUUCAGAACAUGAAGAUGUACAGGAGCAGGCAGUGUGGGCUCUUGGUAACAUUGCUGGUGAUAAUGCAGAAUGCAGAGACUUUGUUUUAAACUGCGGAAUAUUACCACCUCUCUUGGAACUGUUAACAAAUUCAAAUCGUCUUACAACAACUAGAAAUGCAGUCUGGGCUCUCUCAAAUCUCUGCAGAGGAAAGAACCCUCCUCCAGACUUCAGUAAGGUUGCUCCUUGCUUAAAUGUUUUAUCAAGACUGUUGUUUAGCAGUGACCCGGAUGUAUUAGCAGAUGCUUGCUGGGCCCUCUCUUACCUUUCAGAUGGUCCCAAUGAUAAAAUUCAAGCUGUUAUUGAUUCUGGAGUGUGCCGAAGAUUGGUAGAGUUGCUUAUGCAUAAUGAUUACAAGGUGGUAUCCCCUGCAUUAAGAGCAGUUGGAAAUAUUGUUACUGGGGAUGAUAUCCAAACACAGGUGAUUCUAAACUGCUCUGCAUUACCCUGUCUCUUGCACUUGCUCAGUAGUCCCAAGGAAUCUAUUAGAAAAGAAGCGUGCUGGACUGUUUCUAAUAUUACUGCAGGAAACAGAGCUCAGAUUCAGGCUGUUAUAGAUGCAAAUAUUUUUCCGAUAUUGAUCGAAAUUCUUCAAAAAGCUGAAUUUCGCACCAGAAAAGAAGCAGCAUGGGCCAUAACUAAUGCAACAUCAGGAGGAACCCCUGAACAGAUUAGGUAUUUGGUAGCACUAGGUUGUACCAAGCCUCUGUGUGACCUCCUGACUGUGAUGGAUUCAAAAAUAGUACAGGUGGCUUUAAAUGGACUUGAAAACAUUCUGCGUCUUGGAGAACAAGAGUCUAAGCAAAAUGGAAUGGGCAUUAAUCCUUAUUGUGCCCUUAUAGAGGAAGCAUAUGGACUUGAUAAAAUUGAGUUUCUUCAGAGGCAUGAAAACCAAGAGAUAUACCAAAAGGCUUUUGAACUCAUAGAACAUUACUUUGGUGUCGAAGAAGAGGACUCCAGUAUUGCACCUCAGGUGGAUGAAAGUCAGCAGCAGUUUGUGUUUCAACAGCAGGAGGCUCCAAUGGAGGGGUUUCAGCUGUAAACUAUUGAAGCGAAGACAAGCAUAACAUGUAAACACUUGUAGGGUUUUGUUUUUUCCCCCCCAGAGGUCUUUCCUUUAUGGCCAAAGUUAGAGGAAAAGUUGAAUAUGUUUUGCAGAAAUAGAUGAAGCAGCUCAUGCACUUUUAUAUAUUGUGUUAGAUACAACUGUUCUUUGUUUUGUAUUUGUGUUUUUCAUUAUCUCUUGUGUACAGAAAACAACUGUGAGUAAUCAUGUCUAAAGUAAAGCAUUAAAUGUGAUUUAACAAGAACUGUUAAGCUAAGACUUGGUAGGAUUUUUAGGUAGUGGUUCUGAAUUUUUCAUGUAGUCUCAAACUGCAUAUCAGCAAUACAGUUACUGACAGUUGCAUUUUUGGCAGUAGGCUUGACUUGCCCAGUCUCUAUCAAUCUACCUCUUGUAUUGAAGCAAAAACGUUGCUUCGGAACUAAAGGCAUGAAAUAAAGACAAGCUUGUAAGAAGCUGAAUUGGAAUGUGAAAAAUAUUUAUUUAAAUUGUGAAACUUUUAUGCAUUACUUUACAACACACUGUUGGAAUUUAUUUAUAAAAUGUAUUUAAUAGAUAUACAUAUAUAAUGCUAAUUACCUAAUAUAAUAUUGAAUAUAUGAAAAAGCUUUUUCUGAAUUAUGUGGGAAGAGGACUGUUUCAGAGGUUUUCAAAUUGGAAUCAGCAGAGAGCUUGCUGGUCAUUUGAUGUUGGCUCUGUAAUGAAGGCUGCUAAAUGGCGUUAAAAGUCAGCCACAAGUACAGUACUUUGCAGUGGAAGCAGCUGCUGUAGUUACCAGAAGAAUGCUGCGAUUAUGAAUGACAGAGAUGGUGAUUUGCAGAAGUCGCCAAGCAGAUGGUUUACAGCCGUCUCCUGUCAAAAUGUGGUAACACCACUUCAGUUUGAGAAACAUUGCAAUGUUUGCCUUUCUAGUACAGUAGCUUCUUAAAAGUUUAGAUAGUAGAUGUUAUUUUUUUGACCAAAUAAGCUGCCGCCACUUGAAUUGUUCUUUAAGUUAACUAACUUGGUUUUCUUUUGGUAAGACGAUAGAAAUACUGCAGUGAAGAAUGAAUAGUAAAUCGCUCCUUUCCAGUUGAAGAAAAAGUUUGUUGUACUGUAAAUAGCAUUAAGUAUGUGGACACCAAAACUAACUAGAAGUUACUGUCAUCUAAAUAUUUAGGCUCUACAAUACACAGUGUUUGCUGUUAAACACUAAAAGAAAUAGAAUUCUAAUAUUUGCAUUAACAAUUUUGAAUACAGAAAAAUGUAUACUCUGCUUUGACUUGCGUAUAAGUAGUGUUUCUGGUGUAUUAGUAGUAUAUCUCAUUUGGAGAAAUUAAUACUUUGGGUUAACUCUGAAGUAUUAUUUUUUAUUACCUGUAAUUAAUGUAUUAAUAUCAAACUCCUGGAUUAAGUGAAAUCCUUGACAUAUGAGAGCAUUUCAUGCUUCAUAAAAAGCUGCAAUUUAAACUUCAAAUUACUUGCCCCAUGGCACUGUGCUUGUCACUAAACAAUAUUUUAAUGCACUGAAAAAUACAGGUUAAAGGUGGUAUCAUUUACAGUACCAUUUUAUAUUUAGAAUUUUUUUUACAUGCAAGUUUAAGAUUCUAAGAUGUUUCACUUUGAUGUUACAGCAAUAUAUACUGUAUUGUAAUUGAAUGUGGGACUUGAAGUGGAUUUUCUAAGAUUAACGGUCAGUUUUGACUAAGAUGUAACUGGGAGGGAAGAAACCUCUUUUUGAAGUCUUUUUAGUGGAAGAUAGAAGUGUAAGGAGUGUAUAUAGGAGUGCUGUUACUUUAUGAGCUCUGAAUAAUAAGAUAUUUUAGCAAAUGACACUUUAAACCUAGAUUUGUACAGCAUACAACAGUUUUGAAUAGUGUGGUAAUACUGAGUACAGCUGCCAAAUUUUCAUAUAAUGUUAGAUGAUUGUAUUUGUGCCCUUUUCACUCUCAUAGUUUCAGGUUUUCAUAUGCUGACCUUCCUCCCCCCCCCGCCCCAUCUGUUCAAAGUACAGGGUAACAAUCAUGGAAAUCUAGUAAAUGCUGAAUUUCAGUGUUCUUCUGGUGUAAGAAAAUUAUUCAGGUAACAGGGUAUUCCAUUGUUUCUAACAACCUUGUUUUGAUAACAUAACCAGCUGUGCCUGCUUUUUAUUUGGAAAACCCUGGGAAAACUGCAUUUAUAAGCCUCUCUAAUUUAAACCAAAUCUGAACUAUAAAAAUAUUGAUCAAAAGACUUGAAAAUGAGGAAAAGAGGGGACAUUUAAAGUAUUAUAUUUGUUUUGAAAGAAUGUCUUCAGUUUUGUGGAUAUAUUAUUCUGUAUAUGUGCACUUUACGCAUUUAGAUAAACUAUAUUUCAUGCCUCAUACAUUUAAAUGUAACGGUUUAAAAGGGAACUAAAAUUGACGGACUUUGACUAAUGAAAAUCGUUACUUAAAGUCAACAUUUGGUUUACCCUAAGAUUGUUAAAAAAUAAUAAUGACAAUUCUUCUUUAAAGGAUAAAUGUACAGGAUGGCCUCUCCUAUUUUAUCGCUGGGUUUACAUCACACUUUGUUAAAAGCACAUAAAUGAACAAUAUAAAACCGGAGAUGGUGACUUAAGGUCCACUCUGGUGGGGUCAUUUGCAGGUAGGGGCGUGAAUAUGAUGAUGUUCCCUAAACAGACGAAACAAGUGUGGAGGAAAAACAAAAAAACAACUGAGAGAAGAAAAUCUCUUUAAGUUCGGUGUUUUAUAUGGAAUCUGAAGUGCCCCAUCAGUUACAAAGUCUGUUUAAAAAUACAGGGUUUUAGUUUUUUUUGUCAUUUUGGUUUUAAUUAAAAGGGUACCAUUUGUUCUGCUUAAAUGUGAAUACUAACUAGCUAAUCUAUGCAACUAUGCAAAGCAUAAGAUUAUUUUUCUUCGUUCCCUACUCGAUACACUGAGUCGUAUCUAAUUUUUUCAUCGUUGCACUUUUGUCUGAGGACUGGUUGAUACAGCUUUUUAAUUUUCUAGUAUUUGCUUUAAACACUGUUGCUAGCAGCAAUCAGAAAAUAGUAAUAAUGUUGGCACAGAAAUAAGUUAGCUGUAGAACAAGUUUGCAACUGGAAAAUAUUUACUGUCGGGUCUGUCUUUAAAAAAAAAAAAAAAAAAAAGAUGCACUAUUGUCUUUCCUCCACAGUUAAUUCUCAGUUGGUUUAAAUUUAUAAAAUUGUGCAACUGAGGAUUUUUGUAGUAGGUCUGCCGAUUGAUCCGUGAAGUUUAACGGUGACCUCAAGAGUUCACUGAAAUCUGGAAUGAGAAAUUUCAGUUACUUAUGGCACAAUAUCUCCAUAUAAUGUGUGGAAACUAAAACACCUACACUAACUUCAGAUAGUAAUAGUGCAUCUUUAAAUCCAGGCCAAAGGCCCGUUACUGUAACAAACACAUAUGAGUAGUAUGCAAUAUUAUGGAAUGUUAAAUCUCCAAAUACCGUACAGAAACCAAUAAAACCUAUUUUACA